CACAACGGAAGAGCAUUUAAUUUGUAAAUCUCUUCAUAAUAGUUCAUUUUCAAAGGAAAAUGAGAUUUAUUCCAAUUGUAAAAGUGUUUAUUUGACCUCUGCUUGAACGUGAUUCACAGCUGUUCCAGUAAAGGGCCCCAUGUCAAAGAACACAUUUCCAUUCACUUCUACCUCACUGCGCUCUCUGAGACUGGAGCAAGAGUUUCAAGAGUGGGACGAUGCACGGCGAGCACUGGCUCACAGGAGAGCCAUGACUAGAGCGCCACUGCCUCGGCCCCCCAGGCCUCCUCCCCGUCAGCAGCGGCUCCAAGAGGUCAGGGCCCCUCCGCCCCAGAUCCGAUGCAGAGACACGGCUGUCCACAACACCUUCAUGUGUGGGGACAUGAAAGGAGUGUAUGCGGUGCUGAAGGACCCUGGUAUGGUCAAUGCCCUGAUGGAGACAGUGCAUGAGGAGAUGGUGUGGGCUCCAGAGAUGGGCAUGUGGACUAUGAGCUCUACGGUGAAACAAACCUCAGCCUUACGUCUGGCUGCCAGCAGAGGACACACAGCAUGUGUGGAGGAGCUGCUGUUUCGUGGGGCGGAGGUGAACGCUGACCCGGGAGGCAACACCGCCCUCCAUGAUGCGUGUAUAGGAGGCCAUUCUAUUUGUGUCCAGCUGCUGCUUUCUCAUGGAGCAGAUCCUGAUCUGUUGGCUGCAGAUGGCAGCGCCCCGCUUCACCUCUGUACCUCUGCCCAGUCAUUCCAGUGUGCCGAGCUGCUUUUGGAAGGAGGUGCAGAGGUCAGUGUAAGGACCAGGGAGUCGAGACUCACACCUCUGCACGUGGCUGCUCGACGAGGCCUCGAGGAGCACGUCGAGCUCUUUCUUAGCCACGGAGCUGAUGUGUUGGCCACAAACCGAGAGGGGGAGACCCCUCUGAAUGCUGCGUGCUCUGGAGCCGAGAGGCCAUCCGAGGCCGGACGCUACCUCCGUGUGAUUCAGAAGCUUCUGGACGCAGGAGCCGAUGCUCGAACUGCAGGGAGGAAACAGCACACCCCACUGCACAACGCCUGCGCAAACUGCUGCCCCAGGAUUGUAGACGUCCUCCUGCUUCACGGGGCGAAGGCUGAUGUUACCAAUUGUGCAGGAUACACACCGAUGGACUGUUUGCUGCAGGUGGUAGAAGAUUUCCCGGACCAGCAACCUGAAGCAAUCGCGCAAUCACUCCUGAACCACGGAGCUAAGCCUGUUUCACCAAAGAUGCUGAAGCAGUGUGUCCUCUCCCCGGCCACCGUGGAGGUGAUGCUGAACUCGUACUCAUGCCUCCCUCCCAGUGAAUGGAUGGAUGCUGUGUCUGCUGAGAUACACGAGGAGCAUCGGCGUUUCUUCCAGUUGGUGCGUCAGCGGAGUGCUCAGCCUCGCUCUCUGCAGCACCUCUGUCGGUGUGCUUUACGUCAGCAUUUAGGGGCCCGGUGUCACUCGGUAGUCAGUAAAUUGGACAUUCCCAGCUCUGUGAGGAAUUAUCUGCUGCUCUGUAAUGAUGGCACGCUCCUCUGACUUUACAUUGUGCGCAUCCUCCCUGACUGGAAAAAUUAGUUUAGAUUUAUUUUAGAUUUCAGGGGGUUUGGGGAUGGUGACUCUCAUAUAACGAUGAUUGCAAAAUUGAAAAAAUGUAUACAUUUUCCUGUUACUUAGGGGAAUUUAACGAACAAAAAUGUAUGCAAAUUAGAUUUGAAAAACAUGUCUCUGAUGCUAUUUUAAACUAACACUUGUUUUUUU